CAGCGCUUUCAUCAUAGCUGCUGUAGAAAUGUGGAGCCUUUUUAUUUUUUUUGAGAUGGUCAUCUCUAGGCACUGAAGAAAGGGAUUGAGAACAGAGGAGAGAGAGGAAACCAAAAUGCAAGAGGAACGAGGAGCUGGACUAUUUAAAAGGAACUGGCUCUUUUAGAGCAUAUGGAGAUGUGACCUGUGAGAUCUAUAUGAGGCAGAAAAGUGAGCGUCAAAGGUGUGUGCACAGACUCCAUUGGUGUGCGUGACCUAAGCUGGGACCAUGCCGGACUGUCACAAUCGUUUGGGGGUGCGACAAGGCCUCACCUUCAUCACAGGCCUGGUGGAGUGUUUAUGUUUUGCAGGCAUUAUAUUUGGGUGGGCUUCACUUGUUUUUGUCCUCAAGACGGAUGGUUACUUCAACUAUCUGUGUGUCAACGCCACAGGAACCAAUGGUUCGCAGGUCUUAGAUUGCAGUGGACAGGAUGAGCAGUUCUCUCUGGUCUUCACCAUUGCAUCCUUCAUGAAUAAUUUCAUCACAGUGGCAAGUGGUUUUAUUUUCGACCACUUUGGCACCACGGUGGCUCGGCUCUUGGGAAUAGCUUUUCACACUGUGGGUACCUUGAUGGUGACCUUCUCAAAUUCAGGUCUAUCCCUCCUGCUUUUCCCAGCACUCUCCUUCAUAGCUGUGGGCGGUAUCAUGUUGCUCAUCACCAACAUGCAGGUGGGAAACCUUUUCGGGGGCCGUCGUUCAACCGUCAUCACUCUCUACAAUGGGGCCUUUGACUCGUCCUCAGCACUCUUCUUCGUCAUCAAGUUGGUAUACGAGUCUGGCAUCUCUCUCCGUGCCUGUUUCCUAUUCCUGUCUUUCUGUAGCAUCAUUCACGUGCUCAGGACAGUCUUCCUGUUUCCCAGAACCUUCAUUCCAUACCCACUGCCGGAUCACUACUCAUACGGGUUCUCCUGCAGCAAAUUAUAUGCUGCCAAGCGGUCUAUGAACGCCAGCUCACAUGAGACCACAAAGACAGAGCAGCUUGCAAGCGAGGCACCUGCAAAACAAGAGAAAACUUUACGCGAGUGUGUUCUGUCCAGAUUAUUCAUAUGGCACAUAAUCUGGUUGUCGGUGAUCCAAUUGAGACACUAUCUUUUCAUUGGCACCCUCAACUCCACGCUGCAGAAGCUAACAGAUGGGGAGCCUUCACUCGUGAGCCAGUACAUCAACGCAUUUGCCUUCACCCAACUGUGCGGGGUGUUGUGUGCUCCCUGGAAUGGCCUCAUCAUGGACAGAAACAAGCGCAAACCCCGGGCGGAAGGUAUGAGUGAACAAGAGGCAGACCUGAAUUCCUCAGUUCUUUCUCUCUUCCUAACAUCACUUAUGGCAUUGGUGUUCUCAAUUUGUGCUGCUACGCCACUCCUACCACUUCAGUACUUUACCUUCAUAAUGCAAGUGCUCAAUCGCUCCUUCCUGUACGGUGGCAAUGCAGCAUUCCUCAGUGUGGCUUUCCCAUCGUGCCACUUUGGGAAGCUGUAUGGCCUCAUCAUGGCUGUUUCGGCAGUCUUUUCUUUGCUGCAGUAUGUCUGCUUUGCUUUGGUAAAGUCGGUCCUGCAUGGAGAUCCUUUAUAUGUGAACAUCGCUCUGACGGUGGUCAUCCUGCUUGCCUUCAUCCACCCUCUGUCCGUCUUUUUGCACUGUCGAAGUCUUGCAUCACAGCGUGAAAAGACCCACCUUUAAUAGCAGUAAACAGAGACGCUGAAGAUUUGCUCAACAUUAGUAAUGACAUUGACGCAAUGACAGUAACAUCAAUGCUGUUGGUGCUUGUUUAUUUUUUAAAUGAUUCAAAAUUGUUAUAAUUUUUGCUAUGUUUUUUGUGUGCUGUCAUGAACACCAUAGCUGCUGUGUAUACUAACAUUUUUGUUUUAUGAAUACAUUUAUCAUGUAUCACAGGUGUUGGCCUCCUUAUGUUAACUUUGUCUAUACAUUGUUUUUAACUGGAAGAAAUGUAGUAAGGUAUGGUGACUGAAUUCUUGACAUAUUUGGCAAUAUUAUGGAAAUUUAGUUGCCAGAAAAUGUAACUCAGGCUUCUGUUUUAAACAGAAGCGCUUCGGUGAGGUGAUACCAUCUGAACAAAAAUCCUAUGAACAAAGAUGUCUACAGUAUGAAGUAUGAAUUAAUUGACUGCAUCAACAUGCCAGUUGCAGACACAAUGAGCAGUUAACUCACAGUUCUGCCACCUACUGCUCACAGUAGUCAGUCAACAAACAAACAGAAAAACCUCAGGUGCUCAUUGACAUUUAUCUGACAUUAAUUGUGAUGGCAUUCAAAAGAAUAUAAAGGGAAAUAUCUUACCUACAA